UGCCCUAUAUAUAAAUCCCUUGUCAAAUUCUAAAUAACAAACUCAUCAAGUUCUCCAUCAAAAAUAAACAUGUAUGCUUCUACUUCCUUUACAUCACAGCAUGAGCUUCUUGUGGAAUCCCACACAAGAAGGCUACUCUUCCAAGGCCCAAUUGAUCAUCAUUCACUAACCAACCCUCUUUCUCUCAUACACAACAAUUCAACAAAUUUAUAUUUUGGCAUUAGCGAAACUGAUGCAAGUGUAGUCAUGAUACUUGCAGUUCUAUUAUGUGCUCUUAUUUGCUCACUUGCAUUAAACUCCAUCAUAAGGUGUGCCUUGAGGUUUUCAAAUGUAGCCAUUAGCAACGGCUCUUCUUCGAGUUCGAGCAGCAACUCUUCACCUCAAUUGGUCAACAAAGGAAUCAAGAAGAAAGCUCUCAAGACAUUCCCAACAGUGAGUUAUUCAACCGACCUGAAAUUACCAAGUUUGGAUACGGAGUGUGUGAUAUGUCUCUCAGAAUUUAUAAAAGGUGAAAAGGUUCGCAUUUUGCCUAAAUGCAAUCAUGGUUUCCAUGUUUGUUGCAUUGACAAAUGGCUAAAGGCACACUCAUCAUGUCCCAAGUGUAGACAGUGUCUCCUCGAGACUUGUCGAAAGAUUGUUGGAUCGGAAGCACCACCGCCUAUGUUGCCAGUGCCAGAAACUAUUAUAACGAUUCAACCGCUAAACCGUGAAGCUGUUGAGCGCAGCUAUAGAGAAGAAAGCAGAUAAUUGUUUAUUACAGUUUGAAACUUUAAGCUGCUUUAUGUUGAGUCCAAAUGUAAAUAAACAUUUGUUAAAAAUUUGAGUGCAAUUGUUAUUCUACAACAUCAUGCAAUAACUAAUUAUUUAAACCA